UAGAAAGCAUUGUUCGAGAAAUUAUUUGAAUAUCUUCAAGUAUGUACAUGCAAUGCUAUUAAGUUUCUUCUUAAAAUAGAGAUCAUGUCAUUUUGUCCUUGUGAAAAAUCUUAUUAGAAAACGGUUUAAUGCAGGAUUCAGGCUCAUAGUUCCAGAUCGGAAAAAUAUUUUUUAAGAGCAAUCCACGCAUAUUCAAAAUUAUGCAGUAUUAUAACAAAACAGAUUCAAUAAUGUUUUAGCUGGCUAGCAUUUUUUAGGCUUUUGAAAGCAGUAUAUAGGCCCACUGCGUAUACAUGUCGAACAUCCUUGUGUGGCGCCACCGAGUUUUGUACAUCGCUUCGAAUUUCAUUGAUGGAAUGAUGGAAUGACAGAAUCACCAAAAUCAUUUUGAUCAAUAUAUUUGAAAGGAGCGAGCGAUAAGCAUGGUGUCCAUUUCAUUCAAACAAAAAUGGAUCCACGUAAGAAAGCCUGUUUUGCAAUUAUUCUCGCGCUUGGUGUUAAACGUGAUAAAAAACGACGAUAUUGGAUGAAAGAGUGGCUUAAAAAGCGCGAUGUUUAUUCACAUGUCGUUCUUCUCAGUGAAAUUUCUGUAUCAGAUCCGGAAGAUUUCCUAAACUAUUUCAGAAUGAAUAGUGAGACUUACAACAAACUAUUAAAUAUGGUUGAUCCGCUUAUUCGCCGCCAAGAUACUCAUAUGAGAAAGUGCAUAACUGUGACGGAACGCUUGGCAGUGACGUUGAGAUAUUUAGCUACAGGAAGAAGUUUUGAAGACUUGAAAUUUUCCACUUUGAUGUCCCCAGCAUCAAUUAGCGAAGCCGUUUUGGAAACAUGUGAAGCAAUAACGUAUGUACUCAGAGAUUAUGUUAAGUUUCCCACGACAGCAGCAGAUUGGAUGGUCAUUGCCAAUGGAUUUGGAGAGAAGUACCAGUUUUGGAACUGCCUGGGUGCAAUUGAUGGGAAGCAUGUCGCCGUUAAAAAACCAGCACAUUCAGGAUCACUCUACUACAAUUACAAAGGAUUUCAUAGUAUCGUGUUACUGGCAGUGGUUAAUGCUAAACGAGAGUUUAUCAUGGUAGAUGCUGGCGUUAAUGGAAAAAUUUCCGAUGGUGGAGUAAUGUUUUACUCAAAGUUUGGAGAGCUACUGGAAUGCAACUCUUUGAACCUACCAGCACCGGCCCCGCUUCCGAACACAACUGCAACGUAUCCGUAUGUUUUUAUUGGAGAUGAGGCCUUCGCACUACACCAAAACAUCAUGAAACCAUACGCACAAAAAUCGUUAAACGCAGAACGCCAGGAAUACAACAGAAGAGUAGCACAAUCAAGAUCCGUCGUUGAGAAUGGGUUUGGUAUUCUUAACACCAGAUUCGGAGUUUUCCAGAAACCCAUUAAUUUGGAACCCGAGAAAGCAACAAAAGUAGUAUUGGCAUGUUGUUACCUGCAUAACUUUCUAGCCACUGAGAAAUGUCCAUGCCCUACACCGGAUGAGAAUAAUGAUCAACCUUCUUUAAUGGAGGAUCUGCAGCGAUCUAUGAGCAGGAACUGUAUCCAAUCUGCAAAGGAUGUUCGCGACCGUUUGUGUAACUAUUUCAAUAACGAAGGCAAGAUCUAGACACAAUCACCAAUAAUCUUUCACUGAAUUAAUAUUUGAAACACAGAAGCAAUGAGUUAGAAUUAAAUAUAACCGAUUAACUAAAAAAAAUGUUUUUUUUUUUGUCAUUGCACUUGUGUCUACACAACACACGACUUCUGUAGUUUGACAGUUUACUAAAAAGUAUUCAUUUCCAUGGACCGAUGCAUGAGUUCACAACAUUUGCGUUUGUACGGCGCCGUGUUUACGAAAAAUAAAACUGUUUCCAUGGCCUCUAGAUAACACGGCACAAGCCAAAUGUCAAAAGAGUUAAUACAAUUUCAUUUCAACAGCAGAUGUCUUUUUUAGAUGAUUCAAUAUUUUUCAGUAUCGGGAAUUUAUUUCGUCGGUUUCGGUUGUUGGCUGUUAACUUGCGCACAACAUUUUGUGGAGGGCCUAGAAAAUAGCUUGACAGAGGGG